CGGAGGAGCUCGGCGCAGUUUUCCGCUGCAGGUCGUCGAGAGAGGAACGCUCAAGGCGCACACGGAAUCUGGAACUCAUCGCUCCUCUGGACCCACAACCACCAUCCAAAUUGUUUGCGUCAUUAUUAUCAUUUUUGGACAUUGAGGAACAUCUGAGAAGGAUCGUGGUGAAAAGGAAGCCCCGCCACCCCGUCCCCCUUUGGAACCGGCCUGCCCCACUCCCACCCUCACCCCCGCGCCCCAGUGAUGCUAAGUCGCUGCAUCCCACUUGGCGGUUAAAGGAGCGGUCGUCACCAUGACAACGUCCAUGGCCGGCCUCCUCCUGCUGAGGCUCCUCCUCCUCAUAAUCCCGUCGACGGCGGUGGCAACGGUUCUUCCCAACGCUACGUCAGCGUUCUCGACGGUGUCGCUUUUUCAGCCGCUCACCCAGCCCGAGUGCUCCAAGAAAGAACAUCCCAAAGUAUCCACACAAGUGCUCAGUCCGUGGAUGUCCACGUUUUCAUGGGCCGGGGUACGAGAUUUCUCUCAGCUGACCCUUGACCUUGCCCGGAACGAACUCAUUGUGGGCGCCAGGAACUUCCUGUUCAGGUUGGACCUCAGCAACAUGUCAUUCAUCCAGGCGACGGACUGGGCGCCCGACGACGAGACCAGGAGGUCCUGUCAGAGCAAAGGCAAAACAGAGAUUGAGUGUCAGAACUAUAUCCGAGUGCUGCUUGUCAACAAGACCCAAGUCAUGACCUGUGGGACCAAUGCCUUCCAGCCCCUCUGCACAAUCAGAGAGGUGGGCAACCUGAGCAAAGUGUUGGAACGCGUGAACGGCGUGGCCCGCUGCCCGUACGACCCUCGCCACAACUCCACGGCCGUGCUGACCGAGCGCGGGGAACUCUACGCCGCCACCGUCAUCGACUUCUCCGGACGCGACCCCGUCAUCUACCGCAGCCUGGGCGGGAUGCCGCCGCUGCGCACCGCGCAGUACAACUCCAAGUGGCUUAACGAGCCGCAUUUCAUCGCCGCUUACGACAUGGGCCUGUUCACGUUGUUCUUCCUGCGGGAGAACGCGGUGGAGCACGACUGCGGCAAGACGGUGUACUCGCGGGUGGCGCGCGUCUGCAAGAACGACAUCGGCGGCCGCUUCCUGCUGGAGGACACGUGGACCACUUUCAUGAAAGCCCGCCUCAAUUGCUCGCGCUCGGGCGAGAUCCCCUUCUACUACAACCAGUUGCAGAGCACCUUCCACCUGCCCGAGCAGGACCUGAUCUACGCCAUCUUCACCACCAACGUCAACAGCAUCGCAGCCUCAGCCGUGUGCGCCUUCAACCUGAGCGCCAUCACGCGCGCCUUCAACGGGCCUUUCCGCUCCCAGGAGAAUCCCCGCUCCACCUGGAUGCCCACCCCCAACCCUAUCAGCAACUUCCAGUGCGGUACCAUCGAGGACGAAGGUCCAAACGAGGGUCUGACGGAGCGCAGCCUGCAAGACGCCCAGCGCCUCUUCUUGAUGAAUGAAGUGGUGCAGCCCGAGUCAGUGGACCCGCUGGUCAUGCAGGAUGACGUGCGCUUCUCCCACCUGGCAGUGGACAUCGUGCAGGGCAUGGACACGCUCUACCACGUCAUGUACAUCGCCACCGAAUACGGCAGCAUCCUGAAGGCGCUGGCCACGUCCAACAAGAACCUGCAAGGCUGCUACCUGGAGGAGUUGGAGCUCCUCCCGUCCGGCGUGCGGCAACCAAUCCUGAGCCUGCAGAUCCUGCACAGCGACCGCUCGCUCUUUGUGGGCCUCAGCGACCGAGUGCUAAAGAUCCCCCUGGAGAGAUGUUCCACAUACCGCACUGAGACUCUGUGCUUGGAAGCUCGAGAUCCUUACUGCGGUUGGGACAUGCGUCAACGGCGCUGCACUACGCUGGAGGACAGCACCAACAUGAGUCAGUGGAAGCAGAACAUCACGGCGUGUCCGUUGCAGAACCAGACCAGGCACGGCGCUUUCGGAGACUGGACGGCGUGGCAGGCGUGCAGCAACGACGACGGCGUGGACGGGGUCAGCUCCUGUUUGUGCCGGUCCAGGUCAUGCGACAGCCCGGCUCCUCGCUGCGGGGGCAGGAAGUGCGAGGGCGCCACCAUCGAGGUGGCCAACUGUUCCAGAAACGGAGGCUGGACGCCCUGGUCGUCAUGGGGACAGUGCAGCACCAGCUGCGGCACGGGAUUCGAGCUGCGCCAGCGCUCCUGCAACAACCCGGCACCGCGGCACGGAGGCCGCGUCUGCGUGGGGGCCGUUCGUGACGAGAGGUUCUGCAACGAGGGCGUCUCGUGUCCCCAGCCGGUCUUGUGGUCCCCGUGGGGCUCGUGGACCAAGUGCAGCAGCGAGUGCAGCGGAGGGGUGCACUCGCGGGUGCGGACCUGCGAAAACGGCAACAGCUGCCCGGGAUGCGCCCUGGUAAGCCAGCGCCAUUUCGCAACCGAAUCAGACGUUAAACAUGACAAUUGUGACUUUAACCAGGAGUACAAGGCGUGUAACCUGGAGGCGUGUCCCGAGGUCAAGCGGAACACCCCGUGGACGCCGUGGAUGCCGGUCAACGUGACGCAGGGCGGCGCGCGUCAGGAGCAGCGCACCCGCUACAUGUGCCGCGCUCGCCUGGCCGACCCGCAUCAGCUGCAGAUGGGACGACGGAAGCUGGAGACCAGAUUCUGCCCCAACGACGGCACCGCCGCUUGCGACACAGACGACUUAGUGGAAGACCUGCUUCGGACCCCGCCGGUCCGAGGGGCGAGCACCCCUGGCUGGUCUUCGUGGGACUCCUGGUCCGGGUGUUCGCAGAGCUGCUCCAAAGGCUACCGCACCCGACGGAGGUCCUGCGCCGGACCCGAGGGCAAGAGCGCCCCCGUGGCCUGCAGGGGUUCCCCCGUCGAGUACCAGGACUGCAACGUCCAGGCUUGUCUCGUGAAGGGGGCGUGGUCGUGCUGGUCGUCGUGGUCGCAGUGCUCGGCGGCGUGCGGCGGCGGCCACUACCAGCGCACCCGAGCGUGCUCCAACCCGUCGCCGUCCGGCGGAGGAGACAUCUGCCUGGGGCUGCACACCGAGGAGGCGCUCUGCAACACGCACACGUGUGACGGUGGCUGGAUGGCCUGGUCGCUGUGGUCGGCUUGCGACGACUCGGGGGUGCAGACGAGGACCCGAGCAUGCGGCGCCACCGGGGGCGCCCCCUGCGUGGGCAACACCACCCAGCGUAGGGACUGCAAUGAAAUACCUGUCAUCCUUCCCGCAUCGGGCUUUGAUACGGACCAGCACUGCGGAGCGUUCACGUCCAUCCACCUGAUCGCCACCGGGGUGUCGUGCUUCCUGGGCGCCGGUCUCUUGUCCUUCCUGGUCUACGUCUACUGCCAACGCUUCCACAAGCCGUCGCAAGAGUCGGCCGUCAUCCACCCGACCACGCCCAACCACCUCAACUACAAGGGCAACGUCACGCCAAAGAACGAGAAGUACACGCCCAUGGAGUUCAAGACGCUGAACAAGAACAACCUCCUGCCGGACGAACGCUCCAACUUGUUCCCGACGUCGCUGCAGCAGGCCAACGUGUACACCACCACGUACUACCCGCCCGCCCUGGGAAAGUUCGACUAUCAGCCCAACGCCUCGCCCUCGCCCUGCCGGACCUACAACCACACCAACAACAGCUGAGGCUCAUUGACUCCGCUCGGACCACCCCCCCAACGAACUAGCCCCCCCCCUGCCGUGACCGAAGGAGCCGGAACUUUCCGCCUGGAGAAAGAGGCUUUGCUUGA